AUGACAGAACCUGUUGCUGCACCAAAAAAAAAGAUUGUUUUAAAGAGAGCAGCUGGUAGUAGUUCAUCCAAUGAAUUACCACCAUGUAAAAUCAAAGUAGAAUUUGUUGAUAAUGAUAGUAGUUGCAGUACCUCAAUCAAAUGUGGAUCUUCAUUAUGUGUAAAUCAAAUGGCAACAAUUGAAUCUGCAAAAUAUAUGACAAUUGUAGAUCAAGAAUCAACCAUUGAUAUUAAAAGAGUUAUUGAAAUGACUUUAAAUCUUGGAAAUACAGAAUUAUCUUAUCAACCAGGUGAUUACAUUUCAGUUUUUGCACCAAAUACUCAUAAUCAUGUAAUAUCAUUAAUUAAAAGAUUAUCAUUAGAUGAAAAUAAAUUAAUUAAAAUUGAAUCAAUUGAUAAAACUUUUGAAUUACCAAAUCAUUUAAAAAAAGUAAAUGAAAAUUUUAAUAAUAAAUCAAGUACAAUUUAUAAUGUAUUAAGAGAUUUAGUUGAUAUUACAGGUAUACCAUCUAAAAAAUUAUUAAAACUUUUAUCAGAAAAUUCAAGUGAUUCAAAUGAUAAGUUGGAAUUAAAUAAAUUAUCAUCAAUUGAGGGUAAAGAAGAAUAUGCACAAAUGAUUAAUAAUAGAGUUACAUUAUUAUGUUUAUUAGAUAAAUAUAAAUCAUCAAAUCCACCAUUUAAUCAUUUAUUAGAAUUGAUAAAUCCAUUAGCACCAAGAGACUAUAGUAUUAGUUCAUCACCACUUUCAAUGGAGAAAGGAACCUUAUCAUUUGUUUUCAGUGUUGUAGAUUUUAAAUUAUCAAGUACACCAUCUCAAAGAAUUUUAGGUCAUUGUACAUCUUGGUUAGAGAAAACUGGUAUUCAAAAUAAUAAAUUAUCAUCAUCACCAUCAUCAAAUCUUGAAAAUUCAUUAAAUGAUUUAAAUAUUAAUGAUUCAAAUGAAAUUCGAAUUCCAUUCAUUUUAAAACCAUCACCACAUUUCCAUUUACCACCAGUUGAUCAAUUAAAUAGACCAAUCAUUAUGAUUGGUCCAGGUACUGGUGUUGCACCAUUUAUUGGAUUUUUACAACAUCUUUCAAAGACUACCUCCACUACUACUACUCCAAAUCCAAAUACUUGGUUAUUCUUUGGAUGUAGAAGUGAAAAGAGAGAUUUCCUUUACAAAGAUACUUUAGAAUCAAUGUUAAAGGAUAAUACAUUAACAAAAUUAAUCACUGCAUUUAGUAGAGAAUUAGAUACUGAAAAUAAUAACAACACUGCAAUUGUUGAACCAACAUGUGGAUAUGUUCAAGAGAAAAUGAUUGAACAUUCAAAACAACUUUUCGAUAUGGUUGUAAAUCAAAAUGCUUUCAUUUACAUUUGUGGUGAUGCAAAAGGUAUGGCUGUUGGUGUUAGAAAUAGUUUUAUUGAUAUUGUAAAACAAGAAUUAAAUUGUGAUGAAAAACAAGCAACUGAUAUAUUUACAAAUUGGAUAAAAGAAAAAAGAUAUAUCUUAGAUGUUUGGUCUUAA